UUAACUCUUCCGUCUGCAGAAGAAGCGCCUGGAGAACGCGGGCUCGCUGCCCACGGACGAGUCGGCGUCGCGGCGCAUGCAGAGCUUCCCCUACAGCGGAGGAUUGUACGGGGGGCUGCCCCCCACCCACAACGAGGCGGGCUCGCAGUCCCACAGCGUGCACGGCACCGCGCUCAUCGGGGGGCUGCCCAUGCCCUACCCCAACCUCGCCCCCGAUGUGGACUUGACUCCAGUUGUGCCCUCCACAGUGAACAUGAACCCAGCUCCAAACCCCGCUGUCUUCAACCCCGAAGCUGUGAACGAACCCAAGAAGAAGAAAUACGCCAAGGAGGCCUGGCCGGGCAAGAAGCCGACCCCGUCGCUGCUGAUCUGAGCUGGGCUGAGGGAGGGUAGGAGUUACAACUCCAGAAACUUUUCAUGUGCGGUAUCGUCUUUUUAAAAUUUCAGUGUCCUAACAGAUGUAAUACCAAGAUUGGAGGAGUGAAAUAUCCUUUAAAGAUCUGUCUUCAAAUGUUUUUAUAUGUCUGUUAUAAAAAAAAAAAAAAUACAGCUCCCGUCUCCUUUUGAA